AUGCCAAAGACAAGCAACGGGGAAACACCGUUCAGUCUAGUCUAUGGGUCAGAAUCCAUGAUACCAGCAGAGAUAGGUUUACCAUCUCCAAGGAUGUUGUCAAUGAAUGCUGUCAAUAAUGAAGAAGAAAGAAGGUUGGAUCUGGAUCUUCUAGAAGAAAGAAGAGAGAUGGCAGCAAUCAAUGAGGCAAAAUACAAAACCAAGCUGGAAAAAUACUACAACAGCAAGGUCAGAAUCUGCACAUUCAACCCCGGAGACUACGUCUUGAGAGAGAACGAGGCUUCCAACGCCGAAAGACCGGGAAAACUAGCUCCGAAGUGGGAGGGACCUUACGUCAUAGAUGAAGUCCUCGGGAAAGGAGCGUACAAGCUGCGCACACUUGAAAACAAAGAGGUCCCCAGGACUUGGAAUGCCCAGCAACUAAGGAAAUGUUAUAUGUAUACGACUAUAGUUUUAUUUUUCCUUGUAAUGAACGGCCGUGGGCCCAACACAGUUAACUUUAAUAUAAGAAGUGUUGGCUAUCUUAUCUCGUGCGAAUUUAUGUUACAACUGCAUAUAUUACUUCGGGCAUACACGAAAACAUCAAUGGCUCAGACAUGGGAAACGUUGUAG